GGGGGGGGGAGAGAGAAAGCACCGGGAGCACCAGGAGGAUUACGCUCAGACAGACACGAUGCGCGCUUUGGAUGAUUCGCGACCUUAAACCAUUUUCUGGUCAACUGUCACACGGACUCACGCUAGCUUUUUCUUGGGGAAAGCAACAAUAGAUGUUUCAUGGAUCUCUGUCCACGGAAUAAGUUGAUUGACAAGCCCGUCGUCUAAUCAAAUCGAAUCGUCGACCAUGAUUGCAACAGGGGGCCUCCUGCGUAUAAACCGGCGCCAGGACUCCCAGCACUCUAAGAACCAAGCUGAGAACAAGAGGAAGAGGAAACAAGCCAAGAGAAAGAAGAACGAUGUAGUGGUGGUGAAGGGGAAACUCAACCUGUGUUCCCCGCCUGGGCUGGUGGCCACGGUGGGACUGGUGGUGUUGAUGGUUGGGAUAGUCAUGGCUGUACUGGGCUACUGGCCACAUGAAGGCCACAGUCAAGGGUAUGCAUCCCGGGUAUCACCAGGGAAGGAGUGGAGAGACAACAGCAGGAUGAGCUACUCCAAGAGCCCCCUGGUGUCUGUCACCUGGAGCGAUAAUAAGGACAACAACACAGCCAACCAGACUGUUGGGGAGUUGACCAACCACACUGUUGGGGAGUUGACCAACCAGACUGUUGGGGAGUUGACCAACCACACUGUUGGGGAGUUGACCAACCACACUGUUGGGGAGUUGACCAACCAGACUGUUGGGGAGUUGACCAACCAGACUGUUGAGGAGUUGACCAACCAGACUGUUGGGGAGUUGACCAACCAGACUGUUGGGGAGUUGACCAACCACACUGUUGGGGAGUUGACCAACCACACUGUUGGGGAGUUGACCAACCAGACUGUUGGGGAGUUGACCAACCAGACUGUUGGGGAGUUGACCAACCACACUGUUGGGGAGUUGACCAACCAGACUGUUGAGGAGUUGACCAACCAGACAAGUGUCGAGUUGACGAGCCAGACUAGUGUUGUUGUCAAUGGAAGUUUAUCUGUACUUGUAUCUGGUAAUGGUAGUGUACUUGUAUCGGUAUCUACCCCUCCUCCUCCUAUACCCUCAGGUAGGUUAUUGUAUCUGGUAAUGGUAGUGUACUUGUAUCGGUAUCUACCCCUCCUCCUCCUAUACCCUCAGGUAGGUUAUUGUAUCUGGUAAUGGUAGUGUACUUGUAUCGGUAUUUACCCCUCCUCCUCCUAUACCCUCAGGUAGGUUAUUUUUUACUAAGAUAUUUGUACUUACAAGACAAAUCAUUCAUUGUGUUGUUCAUUCUGUCUGCUUUGCAAAGAUCCUCUCGCUCUUAUCUUGGUCAGGUCAUUAUUGUAAAAGAAAAUGUGUUCUCAGUGACUAACUUGCUUAAAUAAGGGGUAGUCAUUUUUCUCCCCCCUCCAUCUUCUUCCCAUCCUUCAGGUGGGUUGCUCUCUGAGUUCUUGGACAACUAUCUGUCCUCAGACCACCUGAAGGUGUUCGGGCCCUUAGUCAUGGGGAUAGGCAUAUUUAUCUUCAUCUGUGCAAACGCCGUGCUUCACGAGAACAGAGACAAGAAGACCAAAGUCAUCAACCUUAGAGAUAUCUACUCCGCGGUCAUCGACCUCCACAGCACACGGACCAAGGAAUACUCGCCGAGUAACGGACUGGUCCACUACGUGCAGUCCAGAGGGUCUUUCAACCCCGGUGGAACUCUAGAGCUUGGUGGCAGAUCCUGGCUUUCCAACACGGGUCCGGCCACCAGGGGGAGUCCGUCAGCGCUGAGCAGCAGUCCAGACGGCCGUCGAUUGCUGGGAGGCAGCGUAGCUGGUCUAGAGACAACCAGACAUUCACAGACACUGUCUACAGUAUCUACAGGGACCAGAAGUGCAGGUGUUCGGAGCAGGUGCCCUACCCCAGUCAGUGGGACUCAGAGCAGGCCUCACUCCCCAGUCAGUGGGACUCCAAGCCGGCCUCGCACCCCAGUCAGUGGGACUCAGAGCAGGCCUCACUCCCCAGUCAGUGGGACUCCAAGCCGGCCUCGCACCCCAGGCAGUGGGACUCAGAGCAGGCCUCACUCCCCAGUCAGUGGGACUCCAAGCCGGCCUCGCACCCCAGGCAGUGGGACUCAGAGCAGGCCUCGCGCCCCAGGCAGUGGGACUCAGAGCAGGCCUCACACCCCAGGCAGUGGGACUCAGAGCAGGCCUCGGUCCCCAGGCAGUGGGACUCAGAGCAGGCCUCGCACCCCAGGCAGUGGGACUCAGAGCAGGCCUCACACCCCAGGCAGUGGGACUCAGAGCAGGCCUCACACCCCAGGCAGUGGGACUCAGAGCAGGCCUCACACCCCAGGCAGUGGGACUCAGAGCAGGCCUCACGCCCCAGGCAGUGGGACUCAGAGCAGGCCUCGCACCCCAGGCAGCGGGACUCAGAGCAGGCCUCGCACCCCAGGCAGUGGGACUCAGAGCAGGCCUCGCGCCCCAGGCAGUGGGACUCCAAGCCGGCCUCGCACCCCAGGCAGUGUGACUCAGAGCAGGCCUCGCACCCCAGGCAGUGGGACUCAGAGCAGGCCUCGCACCCCAGGCAGUAGGACUCAGAGCAGGCCUCGUACCCCAGGCAGUGAGGACUGUGUGCCCGACUCGAAUCAGGAAGAGGAAAGGGAAGUAGCAGUCGUUCAGGGAGAAGAAGAAGAAGGAAAAGGAGGGGGAGUAACAGUCACCUUUAGCUCUUCUUGAUCUGAACUCUGGAUACUGUAAUCCCCAGCUCUUCAACAGAGGAACCCUAAAUAGUUCUGCCUCGGCAUGUUAUCAUUUAGAUGGAUAUGAAUAGGAAAAUACAGGUAAAUAAAUAAAUAAAUCUAGAAUCAAGGUGUGGCUUAAGGGAACUCAGGAGAUCAGAGGAUGCUCAAACCCCAUCUAGAAUCAAGGUGCGGCCUAAGGGAACUCAGGAGAUCAGAGGAGAGGGUGUGAUCAGAGUGGCUCCCAGUUCUUCAACAGAUAUGACAUGUCUUGUCAUGUUAUUCUUUCCCAUGUGUUUGGGAUUGAGGUUUUUACUGUAGCUGUACACAGUUGAUGGCAAUAGAACAUGGACACUGCUAUAUUUUUUAUUUACCUUUAUUUUACUAGGCAAGUCAGUUAAGAACAAAUUCUUAUUUUCAAUGACGGUCUAGGAACAGUGGUGUAACUAACUGCCUUGUUCAGGGGCAGAACGACAGAU